UCUUCCGUGUGAACUAACCAAAUAACUGCUAAGCUAUUACCCUCAGUUCGAACAAUUUUGGCAUUGUGUCGACUGUCUGUUACACACUAUCGACACGAAGUGGUUUACUAACAUAUGGAGGGAAUAUUAUUCCGAUUCUAUUUCGAUUGAUUUUUCAUAUUUUGGCUUGAAAGUAGUACACCUGUUACAAAUGGUGUGUGUUCAUUUUGUUCGUGCUGUUCACCGACUCUGAGAGCAUGUAAACGAGGUCAACCACCACACAUAGUUGCACAACCUAUCAAUUCUUUCCAUUUACUGUGAUAAAUUUGAUUUUCGACAACAACGAAAAUGAAUUCGACAGCAAACCUGUACAACAGUUCCUCGUCAAUGGACAUUGCCGAGGGUCCAGUGGAAGAUGCAAAUAAGAAGCCGGAAAAACGAAAAAAUUUCUUAGUUCAAGCAUUGCUCCGACAUUACGGCGAGACCACAUGCAACAUAACACCGGAACAAUUCGAGAAAGAAAAGUUCCUGAUCGGCCAAAUCAAAUUCAAUCCCAUCAUAUUGAUGCCAGCUGCGGUUUUGAUUCAAUUUUGUUGUGGUUCGCUGUAUGCAUGGUCAGUUUUUAACACACCAAUUGACGUUGCAAUGAGUGGAGAUCCGAAGAAUGCUCAGGCUCCAGUAACAUUUUACAUCGCUGUGGGAAUGUUCGGUGUAUCUGCGGCAACCAUGGGCCCUUGGUUAGAGAGAAACGGUCCGAAGAAAGCCCUAAUUUUAUCGUCAAGUCUGUUCUUUCUGGGAAAUUUGCUGUCAUCCCUAGCAAUCUACCUGAAGGCUAUAUGGCUAUUAUAUAUCGGUUACGGUGUCAUAGGCGGAUUCGGUCUGGGUCUCGGUUACAUCUCGCCAGUUUCCCCAUUGCAGAAGUGGUUUCCGAAUAAACGCGGUAUGGCUGCCGGACUGGCAGUGUGUGGGUUCGGUGCUGGCAGUAUUGCAAUUGGAAAAGUUAUUUUGCCGUUAAUAAAUUCGGUUGGAUUGUCGUUAACGUUUGUCGUCUUGGGAUGCUGCUUUUUUACUGCUAUGGUGUGCGUUGCGCUUUUAUUUCGAAUUCCACCGCCAGAAUACACGACCAGUUCAAACUCUGUAGAUUCUAUCGACAAGAGUUCGCAACCCAAACUGCCUGAGAUUAAGUUGACACUGAUCGAAUCAAUCAAAUCGUUCGAUUUUCUGUUGCUGUACAUCAUGUUCUUAGCUAACGCCGUUUUCGGACUCGUGGUCAUUUCGAGAUUAUCCAACAUGAUCACGCAACUUUAUGCAAAGGAUCCGGAUGAAGCUGCCACCAUUGUCUCUGUUAACGGGGCUUUGAACCUUUUCGGCAGAUUAUUUUUCUCUACAAUCUCUGAUAAAAUCGGUAGAAAGGCGUGCUUCCUGAUUAUGUUAACCACACAAACAAUCGUCGUCGCUACCUUCCCGGCAUACACCGAACAUAGAGUCUAUUGGGCAUUCCUUGUGUGCAUGUUUGCAUUAACAAUGUGCUACGGUGGCGGUUUUGGUGUGAUACCAGCAUUUUUAGCUGAUAUGUUUGGUUCGACCAACAUAGGCGCUUGUCAUGGAAUCAUUCUAACAGCAUGGUCUAUUGCCGGUGUCGGCGGUGGAUUAACUUUUACCGCAAUUUACAAUAAACAAAUCUCUUACGGUUGGUCGAUCUACGAUGCGUACCCGUACAUUAUCAAUUCGUAUUGGAUACUUGCGUUCGUCAUUGCCGGAUUGAUUGCUGGUGUAUUUGUUCGGACCACACUGAAGGAUAGACUACUGCCACCCGUAAAAGGACAGUGGUUUAGGUUUAGAAUAUUCGGGAAAAUUGUGCGAAUAAAACGAAUAUCAACAUUCCCGGAAGUGGAAAUACUUAGCUCGAAGGAAUAUGACGACGAAUGGGACAAAUAUUGGCAGGCGCUGCAUGCUCCAGCCAAUAACAUAGGUGUAGACUAGGCCAAUAAUCAGGUCUCCUUAUCAUCGUUUUGUAAAUGUCAUAAUUUUUAAGUUUUAUUAAAUCGAAUUCAGUUAUGACUCCGAGAGUGAUUUGUUAGCGUCAUUCACGCCGUUGCUAAUGAAUUUUUCCAUAUGAAUAGGACGGUUGCUCCGGAACAACGCUGUGAGGUAAGAUAUUUGAAUAAAAAUAUUUACAUCCAUAAUAAUCACUUAGUCACAUCGAGAGUCAUUUAUAAGUUUGUCAUACCAUUUGUACCAUAUUCAUAAAGAAUGUUUACUAUGGUGA